AUGCCAGAGUCUUUUGAUAUAGACCCGCUGCAGCUCGAUACGGAAUUUUAUUUGCGGUUCUACACAGGAGGAUACCGAGAUACAGGCUACGGACAUGAGUUCCUAGAGUUCGACAUCCGGCACAAUCCAGGAGACAACUACGCCACGCUGAGGUACGCCAAUCAAUCGCACUACAGGGAUGAAGAGCUGAUCCGCAAACAGGUUUGCGUCUCAAUGCUGGUGCUGGAGACAAUCAAGACGAUUGUGAGAGAGAGCCAGAUAUUGUUGGAGUCAGAUCUGGACUGGCCUGACCCGCUCAAAGAGUCGAAACAAGAGCUGGAAGUGAGGUCCGGUCGCAACAUCAAGAGGUUCAAGACCAAAAACAUUUCCUCGCUUGUGUCGAUCAAGUCGCAGAAAGAUUCACAGGGGCUUUCUGUAUUCUACUACCUUGUUCAGGACUUGAAGGUGUUUGUGUUCUCUCUGAUAUCACUCCACUUCAAGAUCAAUCCUUUGCAGAUAUAG